AUGACAAUUUUUUUUUUCAAAAAGUUAUUGGAUUAACAAAGUGGAAAUGCAUUGAAUUCUUUGAGGAAAUAAGUUUGCCUGGGCAUUUAAUUUGGCACGAUUCCUUAUGAUCCGCGGAUGAAAAGAAAGCCAUCAGAUUAUUGAUAUGCAGCAAUCAACGAUGGACUAAGCUUAAUUGCCAUCUAAGACUAACAGCGCGAUACUUGAUGCAAAAAGUGUCUUAUCAUGUAUUUUUUUUUUAACAAAAAGAGCAGAGAAUUAGAAUAAAGCAAUUAUAUAUGUAAAACCGCCAAUGGUGACAGUUUUGAAGGCUCGUUUACAACAAUGCAUGCAAGUGAACAUUGGAAUUGAUAAAAAAAAACGUGAUCGCUUGACGUACCGUUAUUUUAAGUACUCGCCACUGUGACCUUUGCGAUGACAUCUGUUGGUAAGUCAGGGGACGUGGCGGAGCGGUCGCCGUCCGUUAUCUCUGCCAACUUGAAAGAAGGGAUGCUGCUUCGGAAGAAGCUGAUUGUUCUGGACCGAUCGGAGCGAGCCAUCGUCCACCAGAUCAAGGUUGACCAGAAGGUCCUCUACAAACGAUUCCAGGCCCGUCUCACACGCUCCCGUCUCGCGCAUGCGCGGCUCCUUGGACAGCGGGACGUACAAAGAGAAUUGCGGUCGAAAAAUCUCGGUGAUCUAAAUACGAACAUUGUUGCAGUAUCAGAAGAAGACUACUUAUUCCUGGAAAAGUUGGAGCAACGACCUUGCACUGCAUCGUCUUUCUCUCCGUGUAUAGAAAUCCCGAAAACUUCACCUCGAAGACCGAAGGAAGUCAACGAACUGAGCCAGAAAGCAUCUACCAAAGCCGCGAACGACAAUGAGUUACUUGAAAGACCGGCUUCUGCAUGUGCAAGGAUUUCCGGAACGGAAGUAAAGGAUGUUAACAUUUCUAGAGACGAUGACGAGCAACUUAAGGUGCGACCAGCGACAACACUAGGAAUGCGAGUGGACGAAGAAUUUUUGAAACGUCAACUACACCUAAAUACUGGGAGGACUGCUACUGAAGAUUCGAAGCAAAGUAAUACUAACAGAUUUUCUGAAAGUACUAUUGAACAAAAUGAAGACACUAACACUAUUGAACAUGAAUCUGAAUCCGAAAGAAACGGAAACGAAGGAGAUGAUACUAGCGAGGAACGCAAACCUACAGUUCAGUUCCUUGAAAAUGUGGCAACAGAGCGCCCAAGACCUAACACUGUGGCACAUAUGAACGGACAGGUAGAGGUGGACGACGACACGGCGCCUCGCUCGCCCUCCUCCCCAAACUCACCGCAGAACGCCGGCAAACAGCGCGUCGAUUUCUUCCAAGAGGGGAAGAAGCUGGACAUGGUAUCACUGCGACUGAAGCAGGCGCGAAGUGUGGACUUUACCGACGAGGUCCAGAAGUUUUGCGAUGGUCUGGAGGAGGUGCAGGUGGGCGGCAGUGGCACCAGCGUUGACUAUUACUCCGUGCGACUCCAGAUGUCAUUGGAUCAAGCAAACUCCAAGUCUCGCAUCCAGGUGCCUGGAACUCCGGAAGACGAAAAUAAGCGCUCCAUCGGAAACAUCUUCGUUAGAAGCUUGACUGUGCCGAAUAUUAACAUGGACUUUAAUAGGCCUGUCAAGUAGACCAUUAAAUAGUGUUGUAACAUUGUUACAUUAUGUCACAGAAUACUUGUUGUAUGUUGUUAUGUUUGUAUCAGUUCAAAGAUUAAGGUGCCUCGUUUUUACAAGAAUCUGUCGUUCGCUGUGCAGGAAAACCUUGUGUCAGUACAGUUGUGUAUUCGAUUGAAUACAAUACGAUAUGUUUAUUGCAUGAAAAACUAUUCAAUGUUCAUGGCAUGUAAACUGUGUACAUUUUCUCCAUUCAUUGAAAUUUUUACUGGAGUCAAUGGUUA